AUUUUCUUGGGAAGAUAUCAAUCUAACAAAUUAAAAUGAAGCUACAACUGCUCUGCAUGGUUGGCAUCAUUGUUCUUAGCAUCGCAGCUGAAAAAUGCCGGCUGCUGGUCGGGGAUAAGGUUGCUUCAUCAAGAAGUAGGACAGAGAGGUUUACAUUCUUGAACUGCUUUGACAUGAGCUAUGGAACCAUAGCAUGCGUGGUUAAGGAGUGUGUGAAGCUCUAUUUCGAAUACAUCAGAGCUGUUCAUGUUCAGAAGGUCAGAAAUGACGAAGGAGAUGCUGCAGCGACGCAAGCGUAUAGACAAGCAAAGCACAUUAUGGCCCCUCUCCUAUCUUCAGCAUGGGACUUGUUCGAAACCAUGUACUUUGGAGGUGCCCUAGCAGAGGGACUCAUUAGGGCCACCGGAACCUUUUUCGGAGCCUAUGCCGGAGGGUUCAUCGGAGAGGUAAGACUUGGAUGGUUAGGUUUUCUUGUGGGAAGCCAUUUGGGAAGUUGGACUGGAGGAAGGAUAGGACUAAUGGUAUACGAUGUGGGGUAUGGAGUGCAAUACCUACUUGACCUUGUCCAAAGUGAAAGCAACCCUUACAUGCCCAUGGAUUCUUCUCUUUAAUAUAUAUAUAUAUAUAUAUAUAUAUAUAUAUAUAAUUCCUAAUAUGUAAACAUUGAUCAUGGGGCAUAAGAAACACCUCUGAUUCAUAUAUAUAAUACUUGUUCUUGUAUGAAUCAUGUUUUCUACUUUUGUCUCUAAUGACUCAUUGAACAUCUAGUGAACAUGAUGGGAAUUUUCAGCCACUCGCUUGUUUUUUUGCAAUGGAAUUUAUAUAAACAGAAAAUGAUUGAUCGUGAAUCAUGAUGCCCACAAUCCUAACUUUAAUAAUGGUGAUGUGGGCGGUAGAUUCCAUUUGGACUAAGCGAGUGGCUUUCAUCUAUCUGUUUUUCACAACUUUAAUUUUGUGAUAAAGGGAUAUGCAAAAAGUUCAAUUUCAAGAAUUAAAAAAAGAUUCACUGAGAAUAUGGCUAAUUGGUUAUUUAUAUUAGAAUUGAUAUUGAUGACUAAGAAGUAAAAAUAAGGUCAAUA